UGUAUAAAUAGCACGCAGAUUCCACGUUUGGAAAAUUACGUGUACUAAUAUAAAUUUAUUUCAAAAUUGAAGCUUAACUAUUGUAUCAAUCAAACAGCUCUUCAAAAUUGAUAAAAACAGAUGCAUAGUUAAAAUGCAGGUAGAUGUUCUAGCCGUCCUUGGAUGUCUACUGGUGCUGAUAGUGAUUAGUUUGAGUGAAAGUUGUAAAGAACCAAGUGAGGAAACAUUAAGAGAAAUUCUCUACAAUAGUACCAAAGACGAGACCUUCUUCCCGUCCUACCUGUUUCCACAGAUACCGGGCACAGAUAUCGACACCAUGAAUGGUGAAGGAGGACGACAGAAAAUCGCCUUCUGGUAUGGUAAACGGAAGUGCAAGAGAAGACAGAAGAAAUCGGGCAUAGAAUUUAUGGAUAUUUCAACCUGUCCGUGGUAUUUGAUGAUUACUCAUGACGAAGAAAGGUUUCCCCGAACUCUUGGUACAGCAAGGUGUCGCUGCAAGAAGUGUUAUAAUGAUGCACAUGAACAACCCAAAGAUGUUACAAAUAGUACGUGUAAAGAAGUAUUUAUCACACAACCUGUGCUAAGAAAGAAUCACGCCUAUUCAAACGGUAACAAGGAAUGCACGUAUACAAGAUCUAACGAAAGGAUAGCCGUGGGAUGUACAUGUGUUUUCGUGCGAACAGUUAAAAGUGAAAAAAUAAUUAAUGGGAAACCGAAAUCAUAAAAUCAUGUAAAUUUAUUGUCAAUUGCUCAGGAACGUUUGAAACAAAUUUGUUCAACAGUUUUAUUUAUGUACAUAUUUAUGUUAUCGUGUAUUUGUUGUUUGCUCUUAUCCAUUUUAUUUUUGGACGAGAAUUUUUUAACACAAUUGUUGUAAUCAUUUACUUUGAUUAGUGUGUCCUUUCCUAUUCGAUUAUGUAUGUAAUUUAUAAUGUACGAUUUUUCAACAUAAAAAUAUGAAUUACA